AUGAAUUUCACCCUCACAAGGCGCAAUUUCCGCUGUCAGAGCUUCUACGACUACAUCCUACCCUCGGUCCAUUCCUAUAACCCAACGAUUCCGGAAAUGCCAGCUUCCCUGUUUUCUCUGUGGUUGGGUUCUUGUACGCGCAUGCUUCUGGGAAAUUUUGAAGAUCCGGCCACUGGUAGCUCUGCCAUUAGCUUCGCAGCAUACCUCUCCUUGGUCAGCCAACAGCCUGAAGACAAAAUCGUGUUUGACUAUGACAUUGUGCAAGGAAUUGAAAUGGGACGCAAGAGCGAUAUUGGCGUUCAUGUUGUGCUUCGCGGUGACAAAAAGGGAAGUAGAGAAAGUGGAAUUCAUCGGAAGCGCCAUCCAAGUAUCCUCUGGUCAAAUUCGAUUGAACUG